GCGAUCCCUCCAUCUCGCGAUUAACCACCGGUGACCUGCCAUGUCUUUGUCUUGGGAUCGUGCAGGCCUCACUGCACUCGUGACGCACGAAGAUAUCUCUAAAGCAUCUCGAGCUCCGCCUACACCCGAUGCCCCCACACCGAUUCUCGCUCUCUCGUCCCAGUCGCGUGCGAAAGGAUAUGAUGGCCUCUGCCUACCUCUCACCACCGAAAGCUGGAAGAAGCGAUGGAUGAAUAUGUGCUUACUUCCUGAGGGAAUGGAAGAAGCUGCCGGCAUCGCAGCCGAGAAGCGAGCAGAGGCUUGGAGGGCUCGACCUGGAUUUUUGCUUAAUGAGGUCACGUUAACUCAAUUAGAUGAGGCCGAAGGUGUCAUUGCUCUUGUGUCGGAAUGGCUCGAACUCGAUUCUAACGAUGACUGGGUCCGCCAUGAUGCCGAGAUUGCUCUGCAACAAGAAUUAUCUUACGCGACUUAUCUCAAUAUCCACACUGCGAUCCUGCCGCCACCUCGUAGUAGAGAGCACCUCGCUUCCUACGCUCGUGUCGUCAAUGCAUGCUUGAAAGCAUCGCCGUAUAUGCACAUCUCGAUCCGGCUUCCCAUCUACAAUCCUUCUGUCCUCGAAUCGCGGGUCCCUCCCGGUGGCCAAUCACCAUCAAGCAUGGUUGCCUCUCCGCCGACGCCCCGAUUGGUUGUGUCUGACGACAGGGGCGCUGAGACGACUUCUGCAAAUUUGGAUGGCACAUGGGAAAUGUGGGAUGUGAUCCGGUCUAUGUGUGACUACAACACACGACUCAGUCUCACACUCGACUUGACACCUCCACUGCCGGUCAACUCCGGAUUUCUCUCGAAAUGGAAAGCUGAGGCAGUGCGGCACCUGUUCUUGCCGGCAUCUACUUUUAUUGCCAACACUAAAGGCUAUCCUGUUCUUCCCAAGGGAACGCAGUCGUUCAUCCGGGACAGCAUAACGGCGAGCCGUCAAUUCGCGUCAACUAUGGCAGAGCCUGACGAGGAUCAGAACUUAGCAUCACCCAAAUAUUAUCCUGGCUGGCGCAAAUCUGGGUCUUCACAGUCUCGGCGGAGAAGCUGCUUAUUCACACCGCUCAUGGACAAUCUGCAGAGCGUCACUUACCAGACAUUCGAGCAGGAUCCUGUCAAAUAUCACAACUACGAAGAGGCGGUCUUCCACGCUUUGCUUGAUUGGCCCGGGAAUGGAAGGAUCGUGAUCUGUGUCGCGGGCGCUGGUCGUGGUCCCAUUGUUUCUAGGUGUCUGAACGCCAUUGAGCGUGCCGCAAAAGAUGCUCAUGUCUAUGCGGUCGAGAAAAAUCCCAGCGCGUUUGUCACGUUGCAGACCAGAAAGGAAACCGAGUGGGAGGAUAAAGUGACGUUGAUUUUCGGGGAUAUGCGCUCCACCGAACCUGUGGAGAAGGCAGAUAUCCUAGUCAAAGUUGUCAUAGGCUCAUGUCCUGUUGCUGAUUCUGCGGCAGACGAUGGCAUUUCAAUUCCUUCAUCGUACACGGCCCAUCUGGCGCCUCUUUCGUCUUCCAAGCUCUACAACGAGGCUCGUGGGAGGAAAGACGAAAAGGGACUCGAGACACCAUACGUGGUCAUGUUCCAGGCAGUGAAUCUGCUCAGUGGAGACGGCGAAUGCACACAGGGCCGCUGUGGGCCAUCGAUCCAAGAAUGCUGGGAAUUUGAGCAUCCUCGGCCGGACGCAGUUUUGGAUGAGCGCGGACUUCCUCUUACGAACAGUCACAAUGUUCGCUCCGCAAAGCUCAACUUCUUCAUUCCACAUGCAGGUGUUUUGCAUGGUUUGGCGGGUUACUUUGAGGCCGUGUUGUACGGCAAUAUCGGGCUGAGCAUUCACCCUCAACGGAAGGACCGGAUCUCCAAAGACAUGCUCAGCUGGUUCCCACUCUUCUUCCCGUUCAAAGAACCGCUGUAUCUUCCAAGUAACUCUGAGCUCCAGGUGAAUAUCUGGAGACUGACCAACCAGCGCCAAGUCUGGUAUGAAUGGCACGCUGAAAACUUCUUGAACGUGAAUGCUCCGCCGUCGCCCGAGACGGAGAUGCCCCCGAGAUCCCCCGCCCUCGGCAACGGCGCGUUUUUCUCGUCACCAAGAAACAUACCCAGCCCACUUGUUGAUGCCAUGCCGAUGCCGGCUGACAUCUUUGCACUGGAUCCGAGACGGUCGGAAGCGGGCACUCGACUGAUCAAAAUCGGGCAUACGAGCUUGCAUAAUCCCGGGGGGCGGAGUAGCUGGAUCGGCUUAUAAUAGAUGAUUUCUCAUCACUGUAGAAGGACUCUUGACUAAUCCGUAUGAAACGCGCAAACAAUCGCAGUGACCUCGCAUAGCAGCCGCACGGCCCGCACAGAAAUAGUUUACGUCUUCAUAAAUGACACGCAGACAGUAUGUGGCGGUGCAUCGACAUCGCUUCCCAGCACGAUCACGUGAGAGAACUCUUCCGGAUCGCAUCGGCCGGCCCAGUCCGGCCCUUUUUUUCUUCGGUUGGGUUUAGACCGCCUCGUGGCCCUGCGAAAGUUGAGCUUAUAGAGAACGCGCCACCCCCAUGUCUGCGCCCGUCCCAGAGGCAGACACCCUUCUUGACGAGACAAAGAUGGAGACAGAGACUAUUAGCGUCGCGGAUAUCGCGGCCCCAGAGGAUAACUUAUUCACUAUUACCAAGCCCAAGCCUACGGAGAAUGGUGUUGUAGCACACUCGGAGGCGGAGGAGGGGAACUCAGACGAGGCGACAGAAGACGCGUCGGGCGUGAACGGCGCUGUCGAGCAGAGCGCUGACAAAGUGGCGGAGGCUGUUGAGCCACCGUUUGUCAAGGAUGUUGACGAAUCACCAAAGGAAACCGUGUCGGAGGAGCCGGCUUUGGAGAUUACCGAACCGGUGCUCACGGAGGCUGAGAAACCUGUCGAGAUACCUAUUGAGCAACCUCUCGAGACGACUGAUGAGCUCGUCGUUCCCGACGUCAUACCCGCCGCCGAAGAAGCCGCUCCAGUGUCUGACGCGUCGCUCGCAUCAACUGACGCGUCGGUCGGAGUGGAAGCCGCGAUCCCGGCUUCCCCCGAAGCUAGCGCUGAGGUCGAGGCUCCGAUUCAGGAAGUCCUGGCCGCUGAUGCGGCUGAAGACAUCCCCGUCGAACCGGCCACGGCGGAGGGGGAGAAGGACUCCAGUAUGGCUGCCGACGAGGAACAGGCCAUUGCGCCUACUAUCGAAGUCGAACCAGUUACUGAGACGCCGACUGAACAAGUCAUCUCAGAAGCAGAGGACUCGUCGAAUCUGGCUGCCGACCAGUCCGCGGAAAUUGAGCGUCCCAAGUCCCCGUGGACUCCCUCGUACAGCGUCACGACCCAAGGCCCUGGCGUCACGACUGCUGAAGAAGAACAAGCAGAAGCAGAAGAGAUUGCCGAAUUGGAAGAACUGCCCCCUCCGGUGUCGGUCACCGUCUCGGAAUCAGAGCCUGCUGCGGCUACUGACGUCCAGGAGGACGUUGCCCCACAAUCUCGUCCAUGGACACCGUCCUAUUCUGUCGUCGUGCAAGGAUCAGAUUCCGUUGAACUCCCCGGCGAUGAACCUACCGUCGAGGAACCUACUGCUGAAGAUUCCAUCACCCAAGAAGCCACCGACGAGUCUUUGGCUGAAGCAGUCGCACCUGUCACUAUUGUCGAGCCAGAGCCUGAGACCGGCGAUGCCGAGAGUUCUGUUACGGCUUCCGAAGAGCCUCGCCCCAAGUCACCCUGGACUCCGUCUUACUCUGUUGUCGUGCAGGGAAGCCCAGCCGCACCUCCCCUUGAACUUGAGAGUGACGAUGCUGUGCGCGAGGAGGCCGAUGUCCAGUCCGAGUUGGACGUAGCUGCAGCUGAGGACCCGGCCGAGGCGCCCGUUCUUGCUGAGACCGCUGAUGUUGUGGCAGCCGAGGAACCGGUCACUGAAGCCGUAGAGGAAGCAGCCGUCGAGGUCGUCGAGGAACCCGUAAUUGAGGCUGUUGAGGAAUCCGUUCCCGAGACUGUUGCAGAAACGCCGUUGCUCGUUGAUCCUGCUACGCUCGCCGAAUCAGACGUCGAGGACGAGUCCAUGGACCAAGGCGUAGUGGAUGCGCUGAUCGAGUCUGGAGUGGUAGCCGAAGAGCCGCCGGUCCAAGUCGAGCUCGGGACAUUCAUCAAGGACCACGACGAGGAUGAGACUGUGGAAGUUCCGGCGGUGGUUGAAGAGGAGGAAGCAGCGGAGGAAGAAGGCCUUGUUCCUGCCGCAGAGAUUCCGCGUCCUUGGACACCGUCGUAUUCUGUCAUCACACAAGGUCCCAACGAGACUGAGGAGCUCCCUGCGGAAGAGGAGGAGGAGGAAGCAGUUGAACAGCAACCGCCGGUCUUCGAGUCACAGCCAGUGGUGGAGAUUUCGGAAGUCGUUGAAGAGCCUCAAGCAGUCUUUGAAGAACAGGAACCUCCGCGUGCGAGUUCUCCUUGGCCUGUGUCGUAUUCCGUCUCGCGACAAGGCAGUCCGCAGCCCGAGAUGGCGGAGGUCGACUCUGAAGCUGUGCCAGUAGAAGAAACUGCAGCUGCAGCUGUCGAAACCGAACUUGGUGCAGAAGAGGAUUCGUCUGUUCCCGAGGCCCUUGAGGUUGCUGCGAUCGCUGCUGUUGCUGAGAUUUCGGCUGUUCCGGAGGAGUUGACUGAUGAUGUUGUCGCUGCUACGGAGCCUACAGUGGAGGAUCCCGUUGAAUUCGUCGCCCAGCCAGAAGCUGCUGGGGCUGAGGAUGCUCCAGUUAUCGAGAAGGAGGUUGAGGCUCCUGUCCUUGAGGCUGAAGAAGUCCCCACCGAGUCUGAAGUAACGGCUCCUGCCAUCGAGGAAGCUGAGCCUGUCGCCGAUGAAACUACGGUCGAGGAGACGAUUGCCGAGCCAGUCGUUGAGCAAACCACCAUCGAGGUUGAAGAGGCUGUUGUUGAACCGGACACUGAGGCGCCAUCUGCGGAGGAGGCGGCUCCCAUCCUAGAACAAGUCGCGGUUGUCACCGCUGACGAGCCUACUAUCGUUGAAGACGCCGUUCCCGUCUUUGAACAAGCCACACUGGUUGAUGAAGAGGCCGCGCCAACUGUUGAAGAGACUGUGACAGUCAUUGCAGAGACUGCGCCGGCGAUUGAAGAGGCCCCUCCCGUGGUCGAAGAUACUGUCAUUCCAGCCGUUGAAGACAUCACGCCUGUCGUUGAAGAAACGGUGCCUGUUGUUGAGGAAACAGUACCUGUUGCCGAAGAACCGGUGCCCAUUGUCGAAGAAACAGCACCUGCGGUUGAUGAAUCCGAACUGACUGUCGAGGAGGCAGUGGCCGAGCCCAUUGUCGAGCCCACUUCUGAGCUUGCGCAACCAGUCGAGGAAGUUGUUCCUGACCUCGCUGCCGUCGAGGCCAUUCCACCCGCGACUGAGGAACCCGUUGCCGUUGCCGAGGUUGAAAAAACUGUGCCGGCCAUCGAAGAACUCGUUGUCGAGCCUGCAGGAGACAUCGUCGAUUCUGCCCCCGUCGUCGAAGAGGCAGAUCCCGCUGCCGAAGAUGAGGAAUUUGCAGCUGUUCCAGAGGCUGUCAUUGAGGAGAUCGUCGCCGAAGAGACUGUAUCCGAAGUGCCUAUCGAGGUUGAGGUCGUCGAAGCUGAACCUGCAAUCGAAGCCGAAGAGGUCGAGAUGACCAUUGCGGAGCCUGCGGUUUCCGCAGUGCAAUCCGAGUCGAUCGAGACCGAUGCUGAAGUUGCGGCCCCUGAGGACGUUGUUGCCACGGUCGUGUCCGAGGAAACCCCUGCCACAGAGACUGUCGUCGCAGUUCCUGAGGUCGAAGCAGCCGUUCCGGAGGCAGAAGAGGUUGUCGUUGUUGCAGCGGAGCCUGUCGCUCAACAUGAGGUCGAGGAAGCCGAGCCUGUUGCCGAGGCAGUUGAGCCAGCAACAGAACUCGCUCCCGCCGUCGAAGAGACUGCGUCCGUGGUUGACGAGGUUGAGCCUGUGACGGAGCCAGUUGCGCCUGUUGCUGAAGAAUCUGCUCCUGUCGUCGAAGAAGUUGUGCCUAUCGUCGAGGAAGUCGUCGAGGUUGAGCCUACGGUCGAAGAAGUCACGCCUGCGGUCGAGGAAGCUACUGUCGUCGAGGAACCCGCUGCCGUCGAUGAAGAAGUCCCCGUUGUUGAAGUUGUCGAGGCCGAGCCUGCUGUCGAGGAAGCCACGCUAGUUGCCGAAGAAUCUGCUCCUACUGCAGCGAUUGCUGAACCUGUCGAGGAAGCUGCACCUAUCUUCGAGGAAGCUGCUCCCGUCGUUGAAGAAGCUGCUCCUGUCGUUGAAGAAACUGCUCCCGUCGAGGUUGAACCUGUGGUUGAAGAGGUUGUGCCAGUGGUUGACGCCGAGGAGGUUUCGCCUCCAGUUGUCGAAGAAGCCGCGCCAAUCGUCAUUGAGGAAGCUGCGCCUGUCUUCGAGGAAUCUGCUCCCGUGGAGCCCUUCAUCGAGGAAUCUGCCCCUGUCGUCGAAGAGGUCGUACCAGUCGUUGAAGCGGAGGUUUCACCAGCAGUUAUCGAAGAAGCCUCACCAAUCGUUGCCGAAGAAGCUGCGCCUGUCAUCGCCGACGAACCUGCUAUCCCAGAGCCCAUCGUCGACGAAACCGUAGUCGCUCCUACCGCGGACAUCUCAGAGUCGAUUCCUGCCACCGAGUCCGAAGUGGUUGAAGAGGUCACAGUCGAUUCUGCGCCAGUUGUGGAGGAAAGUGCUGAUGUCGUCGCGGUUACUGAGCCCGUCGUUGAGGAGGCCUCCGUUGAAGCUGAGUCGGUGGAUGAUGUUGCUGAGGUCGAGCCCGAAGCUACUGCUACUACUGAGCCAUCGAUCGAGGAAACAGCUGUAGUUGAGGAGGCCUCGGUUCCCGUUGAAGCUGAGGCCGACGCCCCGAAAUCUGAGGCUAUUGAAGCCGAGACUCCCCAAGUCGAGGCUACCGCCGCAGAAGAGGCUCCGAAAGCUGAGACCGGCAAUGUCGAGGAGACGGCUGAUGAGCCUUCAUUGUCCGGUGCCCUCAAGACCACUCUUGCUGCGGCUGUCGCCGUUGCCACUGCCGGUGCAGUCGAGAUCGCCGCUGCUCCAAAAGAGGAAGAAACGACGCCGGUGGCUUCGACGAUCCCCCUGCCAGUCGAGUCGCAGAAGCCGGCGUUCCCACUGAUGGUGGAUGUGACCAAGCGAGAGGACGAGGAAGAGGACGAUGAAGAUGCCGGCCAAUUGCUGGACGCUCCUCCGUUGUCCCCCCGAUCGCGGCUCGAAUCCACCGCCUCGUCGCUGUUUUUCCCGGGCGGCUGGUUCUCGAAGCUGCCGGAAGGCCGAGCCUCCCUGGAACAGGCCAAGGGCGAGUUUGUGCCCGCCAAGCAGAGUCCACCUGCGACUGCCGACGGUUCCCCGGCGGCAUCUCCGGUUACGGAGUCCGACCACGAGAAAAAGGGCAAGUGGUGUGUUG